GAAGUCACGAGACGUAGUAGACGCAGUCCAGAAGCUCAAGUAGUGAAUCGUGGGCGAGAACUCAGUGGGGUUGCGGUUUACCAGCCGUGUUCAUGCGCGUCUUGACGGGGCGUGGCACUGAGAGAAGGCAGCUAACACCGCUGUCUUAUCAAGCCGCCUCCAACAAGUAAGGCUAGACGAAUCCAGGUAAUGCUUCGGAUUCCCGAGACAAUGAAUGGUUCCUUAUGAGCCAAUGAUGACGACGACGUGCUAAGGCAAGGAAGAGAAUGUUGAAGCCGGGCCUCGUCAACGGGCCUCAGAGUUUUCCCGUCAGGAAAGUGCCGAGCGUGUGGGCGUGUGUGUGUGGAAGUGAGUACCGUGUAUGCGGGUUGGCAGAGGAUUGGCUGCUUUUGGUGAGAGCCUUUGAACGAAUGGGAUGUUUACUAUGUUGGAAGAAGGAACGACCUCGACAGAGCAUGGGGAAGAGAGACAAAAUGCCAAAUAAGCAAAGCUGGGGAUUCGUCCAUGGCUGGAAGUGGGCUCGCCGGCUAAAAAGUAUUGUAAGCAGCCGUACACAAGCAAGACGCGUCGGGACCCGCGUGGAGCGGUUGGGCCUUGUUGUUAGGCUACACCAAGCAAGAUGCGCAGGUUGGUCCGGAAGGCCGUGCCUUGCUGGGCAAGGAGCAUGGGGGUGUUUGAUGGAUGGGUGGGGUCUUACCGGGCUGGAUCCCCGCGAGCAGGGGUCUUGGAGUUGCGUGCUCGUGUGCCGCUUCUUUGCCAAGGAUUGAUCUCAACCAGGAUCUCCCAGCGCGGAAGCUAAACUGGUCGAUGGGUCGAAAAAGAAACGAGACGAAGAUCCAAAGUCGAUCCAGGUAUGAAAUAUUACCGCAUUGCUUCCAAGUUGUGAGAGUUCUCUCCUCCCCGAUUACUCUGGUGUUUCGAUGAUUCCGUUUGCUCCCAUUUGCUAGUUGAUCUUGAUUGUUCAAACAUAUUCCUGUA